AUCGACAUUGUGACGAUGAAGGACGAGGGAGCUUGCUACUCGAGCCUCGGCCAUGAAUUGUCGUCGUCGUCGGCUCUCACAGUAAAUCAAUCAAUCCUAGCAAGCCUCGCCUCGCCUCGAAUCGAUUGUACUCAAGCAACACGCGAUUCUAAUCUCGACCCAAAACGACUGAAAAAAUUUCCGAAUUCUUGCAUUACUGGGAAGAAUGUGGUCUCAAUGUGUCGAAGUCUGCCUCGGCAGUGAGUUUUGGGUGCAUGGGCAGAAGUUGUCGAUUAGGGCUGACGGCAAUGCCAUGCUUCUGAGUCGAAAGAGGAAAAAGCGCGAAUUCGACGGGAAUUUUGUUGGUUCAAUUUGGGCAUCGGUAGGGUUUAGGACAGUCGGUCGUGCCGUUGUUUCGAGAGGGUGAGGAUCGUGCAAAGAUAAUGCAGCCUCUGGAUGGUACGCGAACUCCGUGUGCUCGGUACGGUAUGUCGGGUGCGCUUCUUGGUGGCCGAAGAACGAGGCUAGCAAGAUUGCAAUCCAUCGUCCGGAUUAUGCCUCCCAGGAAGGAAGGAAGGAAGGAAAAGGCAUUAGAAAGCGUGUAGGAUUAUGCGCUCGAGGUAGUGGCGAUGGCGAUGGCGAUGCCGAGUUGAGACUCUGCGUUUUCGUGGUGUCGGUGUGUCCCUCGUCCGUAGGGUAUCCAUAUCCGGAAUGCCCUUUUUAGAUACCGGUCGGUCUCGAGGAAAGCUGAGCACGUAUCGUGGAAUGUUCAUGUCACGCGAGGCCCAAUCAUCAUCAUCAUCACCGCCAUCAUCCUCAUCAUCACCUUCUCGUGAAUCGACCAGAGCAGAGCAGCAGCGUAACGCGAAGAAGUCGUCUGAAGAGUGUCAUCGAUGGAGGAAGGGAGGGAGGGAGAGAUGGAGGGUGGGGCACUGGGGCAGUAAAAUACCAAUGUCCCCAUCGCUCUGCAAAUGUCCUGGGUAGUUUCGUUUGCCGAGCAGGUGGUGCAACCGUUUGGCCCUGGGGUGCAAUGAUAGGUCAUGAUGUGCAAGCCUUUCGACAGCCAAGGGCACGAAUUCCUACGUAUUCUCGGAUGGAAUUUGUAUCCCAUGUCAUCGAUCGGUGUACAGGAAGCGGCGAGAAUCAUCUUAUGAUGACUGUCGCCCCGUGGAUAAGUGGAGCGCUGGAGAUGGUGGUGGACUCGCAUCAUUCACCGAACUUCCUCGAGACACGGUUUUUCCUUCCUUUCUCGUCUGUGAAAGUCGGAACGAGGCUCGGAAGAAGGUGUGGAUCGAGAAGCCGAAUUUCCAGAUGAAUUCAUUAUCCAUAGCCUCGUCCGUGUUGUUCCUCUCUCGUACUCGGGCUGCAGUUGCUGCUGCUGUUUUCCUCAAGUCCUCGUCUCAUGGUGGAAUGUUGUAGUGCAGCAAUAAUGGGCAUCUUCUAACCAUCAAGGCUUUCCUUUCCACCGAAGGAUGGCAUCAGCGAUCUGGUCAAAGUGAGCUUUUUGCCAUUUGCUGCGAAUCCCAUUCGAUGUCAGGCAAAAGAGAAUACGAUACAGGACUGUACAGUACGUUUCACGUUUUAAAAGUAGCAGGAGGUUCUGGAGGAAUCGUAGCGUACAGGUCACAGGAGCUGGUCGUAGAAAAGCUGGUGUUCUGGUGGCGUAUGUCGACGUGAUGAGUACAUGGAAUGGAGCCCAGCCAAAUCGCUCUGUCUGGCAUCAGCCAUCUAGUGAUACAAGGGCAGUAUGAGUAGACGAUGUGGUGGAAAAGACUGGACAUCGACGAAGGAAGAUACUCCAAGACGAUAUCCCUCCUGUCAAAUGCACAUUUAAAUUACAAAUUGUGUACUCGAGAGUGGAGAAAAGGGCAGCAUCAGAACAGGCUGAGCAGAGCGACAGAGUCACCAUCUGAUCUGACACACGGAGUCUGAAUUCUGAUUCCAGCGACUUCUCUGCUCCUGCUCCUGCCCUGCUCUGCUUUUUGCCUCGAGGUUUGCCAGUUGUAUCGUGUUGCCGACACAAUCGUCCCCCUCGGAGAGCUAGUUGAUGGAAGCUGGACGAAGCAGUGGAGCCUGUACCGGGGCAACGAUCCUCGACCGAUCCCCCUCGGUCUCUGUUUUCCUCUAUGUCCCGAUCUCUCUCACAAUUUCUCAGCCGUGUCGUCUCAGACUGGUCACCAUGUCGGUAGGAGUCCGGUGGACACACAGGCAGGAGGAUCAGAUUAGCAUCGAGAAGGAGCACCAGCGGCCGCGAGGUACAUACUUACAUACCGAGAGAUCCAUUGAUAGGCCCCAUAGAGCGGAAGCUUUCUCAAAAGCAGCAAAGGCACCACCUCCUUCAGCAGUCACACCACCUGACUGACAGACAUGCGACGUGCCCUCCUCCGGGUAGUUGGGUCCUGAUGACCUCGGUGGACAUGGAGUCAGAAAGGGUCGUGGUCCGUGGACUGAAGCACAUUAAUGAACUCCUAAGCGUCACGGUGAGGUGAAAUCUAGUCCUAAUGAACUCUUGUGAUCUGGGUCUUAAGGUCAAGAUUUAUCCACUACGGUGUUGCAAAUGUGCCGAGAUCUCCUGUAAUGAUCAUCGGAAGCACCCGCUGAUGAAAAAGGCGAAUGAGCACCCAGCAAAGGUUGCUAGUGCUAGCGCCAAGGGCCUCUCUCUUGGAACAGUCAGACAGUCAGUCAGUUCUGUCAGUGGGUUAACUCUUGCGGGCUAGUUUCUGCUUAUGGAACGGUAGCUUAGCCAUAGCCUCAGUUUCGCACAUAGCCUCACAAAUCCUCAUCAUCACGAAACACGAAGUACAUUUCAAUCAUACAGGCAUUUCAGGAAAAGCCAUUAGGGAGGCGGAGAAAGAGAAAGACCACAUGAUUGUUGGCGCUGUCUGUCGCCCCCCUGCUCCACCACUCUCACUAUGCCUUCUUUCUUCUUCCACUCCAACCUAAACUGCCCAGAGCGAGAGUGAGUUCCAUGUCUCACUUCUCUAUGGACUCCGUUUUAGUUGGCUCCCCUCUCCGUAUGUAUUCAACGCUGUAGUGUGUCUUGUGCCCAAGUGUGAGAGAAACUGACACAAAAGUCUCAUUCCUUGAGGAGUUCUGCUUUGACGCAUUGGACAGAGGACCCCUGACUAAUGACAGCUGCUUUGCCUCGAGCGAGGCAGGCACCCCUGCUCACAGACAGACACCUCUACUCUAGGAUAGUACAGAAUAGAAGCUAGCUUGGGGUGCUAGUAGGCUGUUCUGUAGGCAGGCAAGCAGGCUUCGUCUCCUCCUUUGCAGCAUAGACUGCUGGCUUACUAUAGCAGGAGAUAUAGAAGCAGCUACAGGUGUCGCCUGAAUAUAACCUAAAAAUAUGCCAUACUCACUGUUUGGAUGGGAUGAGAUGGGAAGGGUUUUAGCAGCAGCAGACUGCGGUCCGAGACCGUAUAAUGGCGUCGCUCUGGGUGAUUGCGUGCUGCUGUGGUAAGCUUGGCGAUCGAGGAAGAGGCUCCCGAGGCCUAGAAGAUGGGCGGAAGUAGUGUGCCAGCCGAUUUGACAGGCGGAGAGGUUGAAAAAGAGAAUAGGAAGGAUCUGGUAUUCCGAAGGUAAUAAACAAGAGACGUCAUGAAUGAGCACCGACUUAAUGCACUGAAUAACGACUCGUUGGAGAUUAAGUUUUCAACUCGAUAGGGUCAUCUGCAUUAAACGUAUGAAUCCAGUGGUCAAAGAAGGCGCGCAGGACGGCAGGCAUAAUCGAAAGGGAGAUGAUAGCAAAAUGGUUUCAAUUUCCUCUCCCGUAGGCUCUAUGCUGAUGGGACUAUAGGUGUUUUGAGUGGCCAUUACUAUGAUCGAAUUAAUGGAAGCGAUCCAUGCACACGUCAGGGGGAUCACAUGACGGCUAUACUGAAUGAUAUCAAGAUAAUCUGCUCCAUCUC